AUGUUGGAGAACAGUUCCGAACCUGCGGGACAGGAGUCAGAACACUCUAAACGAAGAAGAUCUAUAGCUCUUCUCACACGGCCUGCUCUUCUGACACUGCCCAAUAUCUCUGGUAAAAGUACACCCGGAUCAGUUUCGAAUUCCUACAGCAACUCGCUGUUUCUCCGAGACCCACUGUUCCUUACCAGAAACGCCGGCAACUCUGUAGUACUCAAGGAAGCAUUGAACCGGACGAGUGGAGUUGUUAGUCGGGAGAAUAGUGCUUCCCCGGAACGAUCUUUGAGUGAAGAAGUUGUGCUUGAGGAUGACAACGACGAUAACAACAACCAGCAACAAUUGCAUAUAAGUCAAGACUACGAUGUUGGUUCGAAUGACAAUAAAGACUUUGCUUCUGGUUUAGAUAAUCCGAAUAUGUUGCUGCAGUUGAGCAAACACUUUCCGGAGAACAUUGAUCCCAUUACAUUGCACGGAGGCGACAUAACCCGAGACCUAUACAAACUAGGCCAAGACAGCAAGCUCAAGCUAAAGAGAUCUGUCAGUUUAUCGUCUAGUGACUUUGAAACAUCAAGAAGAGGGUCUACAGCCAGCUCACUUAAUGUUCCUGGUGGUUUUCGAAGAGAGUUCCUUGUCAACAAGUUCAAUAAACGUAAUAUCCAAACGAAAAAGCCUUCAAUUUUGACUCGGAACUUUGUGGAGUUCUUACUGGUCUACGGCCACUUUGCUGGUGAAGAACUUGAAGAUGAAGACGAUAUAGCUUGUCAUUAUCAACCGUUUGGUGACAAAAUAGAUGAUGAAGAGUCCCCCCUUCUUCUUUCCCAUAAAAUCAAACCUACCUUAGCGGAACUAGCUGAACCAGAAUAUAUAAACCCAGCAGGUACCGCCACGGAUAAUAAAGCCUAUUUCCUAUUGCUUAAGGCUUUCGUGGGGACAGGCGUGUUGUUCUUACCCAAGGCAUUUUCCAAUGGUGGACUUUUGUUUUCAACACUUACAUUAUUCUUUUUUGGUAUCUUAUCCUAUUGGUGCUAUCUUAUAUUGGUAUAUGCCAAGAUUGCUACCAAAGUUUCUAGUUUUGCUGAAAUAGGCUAUAAGUUAUAUGGCAGAUGGCUUCAACAACUUAUAUUAUCAUCUAUCAUUCUUUCCCAAAUUGGGUUCGUGGCUGCUUAUAUUGUUUUCACCGGAGAGAAUUUUAGAGCCUUUGUCAGUAAUGUUUCUUCUUAUAAAGUUGAAGACUUGAAGAUCGAAUGGUUUGUGGUUUUUCAAGUGCUUGUGUUGAUUCCACUCUCAUUGAUAAGGGAUAUAACCAAGCUACUGUUGGCAGCAUUAUUGGCCAAUGUAUUUAUUAUGUUUGGCUUACUAACCAUCAUUUACUAUGUGGGUCUUGACUUGGUUGUCUAUUCUUUGGGUGAUGAUAUCGAAUACCUCUUCAACUCAGAAAAGUUUUCUUUAUUCAUUGGUGUGGCUAUCUUCGCAUUUGAAGGUAUUGGCUUGAUUAUCCCCAUUCAAGAAUCAAUGAUCAAACCAAAUCAUUUCCCAGUUGUUCUUUUCAAAGUUGUGGCUACUAUUUCCCUUAUAUUUAUUUUUAUCGGGUCAUUGGGUUACUUGACUUAUGGUAAUGAUAUCAAGACUGUGAUUAUAUUGAACUUACCUCAAGAUUCCCUAUUAAUCAUUAUGGUUCAAUUGCUUUAUGCCUUUGCCAUUUUGUUAUCGACCCCUAUUCAGUUAUUUCCAGCCAUUAGAUUGACAGAACUGAAAUUGUUCCCGAAACUGAAAUCAGGAAAACAAUCAGGUACAAUUAAAUGGUUAAAGAAUUUGUUCAGGUCUUCGUUCGUGAUAUUCACGGCGUUGGUUGCCAUGUUUGGUGGUCAAAAUUUGGAUAGAUUUGUUUCAUUCGUGGGGUGCUUUGCUUGUAUCCCAUUGGUAUACAUGUACCCUCCAAUAUUACAUUUGAGAAGUUGUUGUAAGAUUGAGAGUGGUAUGAGUGCACAGGAAGUUUCUAAAAGAGAAAAACUUACAUUACUUAAUUAUCUUUUAAUUGCUAUCGGUGCGAUUGCAUUGGUUUAUACUACCUAUGAGAUUCUUGCUGUUUAA